AUGCACCGAACGACCAGAAUCAAAAUAACCGAACACGUGCUCUGCGGCGGGUACUUCAUUGAUGCAACAACCAUCAUAGAGUGCCUCCACUCCUUCUGUAAGACCUGUAUUGUGCGUUACUUGGAGACCAGCAAGUAUUGUCCUAUCUGUGAUGUCCAAGUUCACAAAACUCGACCGCUUUUGAAUAUAAGGUCAGAUAAAACUCUCCAAGAUAUUGUAUACAAGCUAGUACCAGGCCUUUUCAAAAAUGAAAUGAAAAGAAGAAGGGAUUUUUAUGCUGCUCAUCCGUCGGCUGAUGCUGCCAAUGGCUCUAAUGAAGACAGGGGAGAAGUGGCUGACGAAGACAAAAGAAUUAUAACAGACGACGAGAUAAUAAGCUUAUCCAUUGAAUUCUUUGACCAGAAUAGACUGGAACGAAAAGGAAAUAAGGAGAAAGAAAAAUCAAAGGAAGAGGUGAAUGACAAAAGAUACUUGCGCUGCCCAGCAGCAAUGACAGUGAUGCAUCUAAGAAAGUUCCUGAGGAGUAAAAUGGAUAUACCUAACACUUUCCAGAUCGAUGUGAUGUAUGAAGAGGAGCCUCUGAAGGACUACUACACCCUAAUGGAUAUUGCCUACAUCUAUACCUGGAGGCGGAACGGGCCUCUGCCCCUGAAAUACCGGGUCCGACCUACUUGCAAGAGGAUGAAGAUCAGUCACCAGAGGGAAGGCUUGAAUAAUAGUGGGGAGCUGGAAAGUGACUCUGGGAGCGACAAGGCGAGCAGCCCAGCAGGAGGCAUCCCCUCCACCUCCUCCUGUUUGCCCAGCCCCAGCACGCCAGUCCAGUCUCCUCACCCUCAGUUCCCUCACAUCUCCAGCACCAUGAAUGGCACCAGCAGCAGCCCCAGCAGUAACCACCAGUCCUCCUUUACCAACAGAGCUCGGAAAACAUCAAUAAAUGGCUCCUCAGCCACUUCAUCUGGUUGAUGUGCCAACCAGGCUACCACCCUUGCCCUUCCUUUAUAUAGAUCUCUCCAUGCCAUUACAGCUUUAUAGAUGCUAAUCCAUGUGACUAUCAUCCAAAUUGCUUUCUUUUGUAGUGACACUGAACUUGGCUAAAAAAGGCGACUAGGGACAAUUCAGGAUGGACGUUAAUGGAAACGCAAGAUUGAAAUGUAAAUUGUUUUCUGAGGACUGGGAAGCAAACAAAAGUUACACCUUCACCUGUUCUGAGUGAUGUGGAGUUGUUUCUGUCCCCGUCAUCUGGAGUCUGGAGUCUCCAGAAAGUCAAUACAAAUCCCGGGAAGUAGUUUGUUAAUCCAGACUAACUCCUCCAUUGCGUUCUCUUCGAUUGUUAUUGUUCUUAUGCUGUUUUGUGAACCUGUAGAAAGCAAGUGCUUUUUCAUCUUGAAAUCCAACAAAAUUGAAAGAAUAUGCAUAGAAUAAUGCAUAUAUGUAGCCAUGUCACUGUGAAUAA